AUGUCGUACGCCAAGAUAGAGGAGAAUGGAAUGAAAGGCUCAUUCUCACUGCCAUAUGCCGAUGCGGAUGAGACGUCAUCUUCAAUUUCCUUUUCCUCGUCGAGAAAAGGCCCUUCCUCUGCUCUCUCUGAGCCUUUACGCGGGAACGGGGACGAAAGUGAAGAUCCCUUUUUUGUUUUUCGUGAGGACAUGAACCGAAAAUUAGAAUUGGUCGAUGAGGGAUUGGCGGAAUAUCUGCGCAUUGUACACCAAACGGACACGGCCGUGAACACAAAUGAACUCAAAGAAGCAAAAAAGCAGCUGAAGCGGAGGUUUAAAAACGCGGAAUCUACAUUAAAGGACGUUUAUAUGACGGUGCAAGUAGUGGAGACAGAUCGAUCCAAAUUCACCCACAUUUCGGAUGCAGAGCUCUACGAUCGGCAAAUGCUGGUGGAGACAAGUCGAGAUCGGCUCAAUCGAGCCAAAAAUGACAUCCAAUCUGAAGUUGUCAAGGCAAAAAUGAUGUCAGAUGAACGGGCCAAAGCGCUGCGUCGGGCUGGUGCAGCCGUCUUGGGCGCCAAAACAGAUGGCCAGCGAGAAAACACCAAUUUCAUUGUUAAUUCACAAGCACGAACAUCUUUACUCAUGCAGCAUCAGGACGAGACGCUAGACGAGCUUGAUGAUGCGGUUACACGUGUCGGGCAUAUUGCUGGAAACAUUCACGACGAAAUAGGUCAGCAAAACAAAAUACUAACAGAAAUGGAAGAAGAUUUGGAUCGAGCGGAGGAAGAACUGGGUAUGGUUCUUGGCAAGCUGGCGAGAUUUCUGAAAACAAAAGAUAGAUGGCAACUGUCGACAAUUCUGUUUCUGACAGUUGUUGCUAUUGUUUUGUUCUUCUCGGUAUUAUACUUGUAG